AUGGCCGUUCCGAGACGUCUUAGCGAUCGGCGAUGGGGAUCAGCGAGUCGGUGUCGGGACGAAGCCGAUAGCGUGUUCGGGCAGCAGCAGCGCAGGAUGCGGAGCGUGCAGGGGACGAGGGAGAGCGGCUUGGAUGGCAGGGACUACGCCAUGAUAAGGCCCUCGCUCUCGCUGGCCGUCCCCCAGGGCCGCUGCAACCAAGGAACACAGGUGCAUCUGACAACCCCCCCGGCGGGAAGCGACGGCCGGCGCGCCCCCUGUCCGCCCGCUGAUUGGCCCGGAAGCGACUGGCUGGCUCCCACCACGCCCUCGCCUCUCGCAGCCGUCAUGGAAACCAUGGGAAUUGGCCCCUCGCCCACAAGCAGGGACUCGCACCGACUGACGCCCAUGCCCUACAUGUCUGUCCACGCACCCGCGACUUCCGACGUGCCCUCUCCCCACCACGCGCUGCCGCCAUGCUCCGACGUGGGCUUUGUCGUGACCCGUUCGCAGCCGAUUCCAAGGCCCAUAUCAGCAACCCUCCAUAUCGGCUCCUCACGCUGCGCCAUCCGUCUUUGCAUGUCUCGCGCCCACAACCCCCCAUUGGCGUUAUCGUACCGCGGGGGUCGUCACGCCGCCGCCAAAAAGGUCCGACUUCGCUGUGCGCAGGGCGAGGCGACAAAACUCCGUAGCAGCAGCCUCGAUACACGUGUUUGUCCGACAGGCUCGCCCUGCAAGACAUUCGUCCCCCAACGCACCAACAAUGCCCCAUGGCCCAACAUGCCCCGUAGCCCGAGGCGUGACGUGAGCACUGCGACACCCUGCCCCGCGUGGACAAGCCCUCAGCCGUGA